AUGCCGGCGGGAGCUGCAGUGCAGCCGCCACCAUCGCGAACCCAUCGCCGGGAGCAGUGCCGUAGCAACGCUGAAGACCAAGACCAAAGCCAAGACCAAAACCAAAGCCAGAACCAGAACCAAAAUACUGAUGACAACAUGCCAGCCUCGCGCGAGUCCGACUCCCGCCAUCGACGCCGCCGCCGCAGAGACGACUGGGUCCGCACCAGCAGCGGCAAUAUCCUGUACCGACUCGACGCCCCUGUCGCCGACGCCUCCGCCGCUACCGCUGCCGCAGCCGCUGACAAUCCGGCUGACCCCGUUGACCAGCAGCUUCCAGUGCCCCUCAUUGGGCCAAGGAGGACGCGGCCGCACUCCAUCCACGUUGUCAGCUAUCCCGCCGGCUACGUGCCGCGAGAGCUUCGCGCCAGAACACGAACUUCGCCUGGCUCUUCCAGGACCCGUAUCAGCAGCAAUAGCGGCAGUCCCGCCCCAGGAACUCCGCGCUCCUCCUCGAGAUUCUCGGCCUUGGCCCACCCCAGCCGGCCGCCCGAGUUGCCUGUACGUCUGGCAUUGACACGAUUGUUCCAGUCGCUGGCCAGCAACUCUUUAUCUUCCGUCGACAUCCCAGAGCACAACGCAUUCCCCGUUGGCGUCCAGACUCUCCCGACGACCGAGUAUCGCCCUGAAUCCAGGUCAUCUCGCCAUAGCAGCCGCGCAGAUCACUCUCGCAGCCACCACUCACACCAUUCUCACGAGCCAGCCUCGUCGUCGUCCCGCAAGAAUCGGGACUCGAAACAGGCCCCGCCGCCCUCCAAAGAUCGCGACUCUGCUCACAAUCGAGAUCGUCGAGACCGCCGUGAACAGCCACGAGACAAAGCACGGCACAGAGCGGCUUCGAGGUCCUCCAGAUCGAGGCAUAGACAUCGCGGCACCAGCCAUAGCCGCACCCGCCACUCCAGCCGCCACGCCGGCCAACGUGCACACCGUCCUCGAAACUCGUCUCAGCACCGUCGAUACCCCCCAAACAGCAUGGCUACCGCCAGAGGCGUGGUGCCCAUGAGCACCUAUCAGCUAGGCCAUCACAACAGCUUCUCCUCCAUCCGAAGCUCAAAAUCAAGCGUCAACGCCAUCGUUACCGAGGUGACCAAGCCCGUCGCCACAGGCAGCGGAGUUGCUUGCUCCAUUAUCCUCGCCGAGCCCAACCUCUUCCUCUCGGGCUUCGACCACAACGGCCAUGAGCGCCGGGAGUCUCGCGCCGGCACAGCUCUCCUCAGAGGGCGGAUGCAGCUGACCAUUAGCAAAAACGUCAAGAUCAAGGCCGUCCAGCUGAAGCUGGUUGGUCGCGCGCGCACAGAAUGGCCCGAGGGAAUCCCCCCGUUAAAACAAGACUUGUACGAGGAAGAAAGCCUGCGAACACAAGUCCUAACCUUUUUCAAUGCCCUCAACGACGGAUGGGAGAACGAGUAUGGCAACCAGUGCACUUACAAGCUCAAGGGUGGCUCUGCAAACUCGAGCAGCACCGGCUUGAACAGCUCACCCAGCAUCUCUCCAUCUGCAUCAAUGCGAAACAACCUGACCGCCAAGGAACUGAAGCGUCUAUCCCUGCAAAAUGUCCAGUCCCGGAGUUUUGGAAAGGGCGACAGCGGAGUGGUCACUCCUACGCAGGCCAAGGGAUUCAAGGUCUUCUACCCUGGCGUCUACGACUAUUCUUUUGAGCUUCCCAUCGACCAUCACCAGCUCGAGACAACUAAGCUGCAAUAUGCUUCGGUCAAGUGGGAGCUCCACGCCACCGUUGAUCGUGCUGGUGCUUUCAAGCCCAACCUCCACGGUGUCAAGGAAGUCCCAAUCAUCCGGUUACCGGAUCAGAUGUCACUGGAGAUGUCUGAGCCCAUCUCUAUCAGCCGCCAAUGGGAGGACCAGCUCCACUACGACAUCAUGGUCUCCGGCAAGAGCUUCCCUAUUGGAGCCAAGAUCCCCAUCGCCUUCAAGCUCACGCCUUUGGCCAAGGUUCAAGUCCACAAACUCAAGGUCUACAUCACCGAGUCUGUCGAGUACUGGACCAGCGAUAAGCGUGUGACGAGGAAAGAUCCGGGCCGAAAGAUUUUGCUUCUCGAGAAGACGGCAGGAAAAGAGCUCGACCCCUCUUGGGCCGACUCCGAGGUCGUCACUGUUCGCGGUGGUGAACUGAAUGAAGAGCAGCGCCGAGUCGCUCGGGACACCGCUUCAAGAAGACGAGCUCACGAUGCCGCCAGGAGGCAUCAAGCCCCAGAGCCACUACCUGCGCCCGUGGACAAUCUCCUCGGCGACUUGGAUCUGGGCCUUGAGAACAUGUGGGGUUCCACUGAGAUUGAGGCGAGCGUGCAGAUUCCCACGUGUGAGAUGAUGGCCAAGAACAAGGCUCUUCGACUACAUCCUGACUGCAGCUGGAAGAAUGUCAAUGUCUUCCACUGGAUCAAGGUUGUUAUGCGAAUCAGCCGCUUGGAUACCGAAGACCCUUCGGGAACUAAGCGCCGUCAUUUCGAAAUCAGCAUCGACUCUCCUCUCACCAUCCUCAACUGCCGGGCCACCAAGGCCAACACUUAUCUCCCCGCCUAUUCUGGCGAGAUGAACCGACCUUCCCCCUACCAAUCAGCUUGCGGCUGCCCCGACUCGGCAACAAUUGCCAUGGAGACUUCUCCUAGCUCUUCGACGGGAACUCUUCCGGAACCCGAGAGACUGGCCGACAGCAUGCCCGCUCCGCCUCAGGCCGUUCACUUACAAUCAGGGGCUCCAGCGGCAACUGGUCGGCAAAGCCCAGCAGCUUGGUCAUCAGCAGAGAGACCUGGCCGGCCUAUCCAUUUAUUACGAGCACCCAGCUUCAACCCACCCGCCUUUGAAGACGAUACCGCACCGCCUCCCGCAAGCACCGUCGUCUACGACCAUGCCGAUAUCCCUCAGAUCAUGACACCGCCUCCUCAGUAUGACGCCAUUGUCGGCACACCCAGUACCGUUGAUGGCCUCGCCGAUUACUUCACUCGACUAGCUGAGUAUGGGCUUGACGACCAUGAGGGCUCUGGAUCAGACGGCGAUGAAUCGCCUCCUAGAAUCCUUGACCGAAGCGGCCGUGUCAACGUGGCUCACCCACGAACACCUGGUGGCAGAAGGAUGCCCAGUCGAAGCAUGGAAAUCCAACGACCACCUAUGGACCUAAAUAUCAAUGCCUUGCUUCAGCGAUCCGCCUAUGUUCGAGAGGAGGUGCAGUCACAAGCGCAAGCGCAACAAGUAUAA